AUGGACGGGGCCAAGCGUAAACGCAGCUCUGUUUCCGCGGCGGAGCGCCCGUCCAAACACCUCAAACCGGAAGCUUCGACGCUGACGCCCGGCGACGCGACUCCCGCGAAUGGCACCGUCUACGACGUCGAGGAUGAGGAGGAUGCCGGUCGCCUGCUGCCCGUCGGGCCUACGCAGGCGGACUCGCCCGAGUGGCAGGCCACCAUCGAGUCCGUGGUCAAGAGCGUCGUUUCCAUCCACUUCUGCCAGACCUGCUCCUUUGACACCGACCUGUCCAUGAGCAGCCAGGCCACGGGCUUUGUCGUCGACGCCGAACGCGGCUAUAUCCUCACCAAUCGUCAUGUUGUCUGCGCGGGGCCUUUUUGGGGUUACUGUAUCUUUGAUAACCAUGAGGAGUGUGACGUCCGGCCUGUCUAUCGAGACCCCGUUCACGAUUUCGGUAUCCUCAAGUUCGACCCCAAGGCCAUCCGAUACCUGCAGCUCACGGAGCUAAAACUCAAGCCCGACGCGGCCAAGGUGGGCGCGGAGAUCCGUGUGGUCGGCAACGAUGCUGGGGAGAAACUGAGCAUCCUGUCCGGCGUGAUCAGUCGGUUGGACCGCAACGCCCCGGAGUACGGAGAAGGGUACAGCGAUUUCAAUACCAACUACAUCCAGGCGGCGGCGGCGGCCAGCGGUGGGAGUUCGGGCAGUCCGGUCGUCAAUAUUGAUGGCCACGCAGUCGCCUUGCAGGCCGGCGGGCGCGCAGACGGCGCGGCAACCGACUACUUUCUCCCGCUGGACCGCCCUCUGCGGGCUUUGCAGUGCAUCCAGCGAGGCGAGGCGGUUACUCGCGGCACCAUUCAGACGCAAUGGAUCUUGAAACCCUUCGACGAGUGCCGGCGUCUCGGUCUGACCUCCAACUGGGAGGCGGCCGUGCGACAGGCCGCCCCCAAUGAGACUGGCAUGCUGGUGGCGGAGAUCAUUCUGCCCGAGGGCCCGGCAGACACCAAGCUGGAGGAAGGCGAUGUGCUCCUCAAGGUUAACGGGGAGCUGCUGACCCAGUUCAUCCGGCUGGACGACAUCCUCGACUCAAAAGUCGGGCAGACGAUCCGCUUGUUGGUCCAAAGAGGCGGACAGGAAGUUGAGGUGGAGUGUGAGGUCGGGGAUCUCCAUGCUAUCACUCCGGAUCGCUUUGUCACUGUUGCCGGCGCGACUUUCCACGAUCUCUCAUACCAGCAGUCUCGGCUAUAUGCCAUUGCCACCCGCGGCGUCUACGUCUGUGAGGCCGCCGGUUCCUUUAAACUGGAGAACACCCUGUCCGGAUGGAUUAUCGAUACAGUGGACAAACGGCCCACGCGAAAUUUGGAUGAAUUUGUGGAAGUGAUGAAGAGUAUUCCUGAUCGAUCUCGCGUAGUGAUUUCCUACCGACAUAUCCGUGAUCUGCAUACUCGUGGCACCAGCAUCAUCUACGUCGAUCGCCACUGGCAUCCUAAGAUGCGUUUGGCCGUCCGGAACGAUGAAUCCGGGUUAUGGGAUUUCUCUGAUCUCGCUGACCCGAUCGCUGCUGAACCGCCCGUGCCUCGCAAAGCCGAUUUCAUCCAGCUGGACGGCGUCAGUCAGCCAGCGGCAGCGGAGAUUGUGCGCAGUUUUGUUCGGGUGUCCUGUACGAUGCCGUUGAAGCUGGACGGAUAUCCGCAGGCGAAGAAGACCGGUUUUGGCCUGGUGAUCGAUGCCGACAAGGGUCUCGUGGUGGUCUCCCGGGCCAUCGUGCCGUACGACCUCUGUGACAUCAACAUUACCGUGGCCGACUCGGUCAUCGUCAGCGCAAAGGUCGUCUUCCUUCAUCCACUGCAGAACUACACGAUCAUUCAGUACGACCCGAAACUGGUGGACGCCCCGGUGCAGAGCGCGAAACUGAGCACGGAGACCAUCAAACAGGGCCAGGAUACCAUCUUCGUCGGCUUCAACCAGAACUUCCGCAUCGUGGUGGCCAAGACUGCCGUCACUGACAUCACCACCGUCUCGAUCCCCGCUAAUGCCUCGGCGCCCCGGUACCGUGCGAUCAAUCUCGACGCCAUCACCGUCGACACGGGGCUCAGCGGGCAGUGCACAAACGGUGUUCUGAUCGGCGAAGACGGGGUCGUCCAGGCGCUGUGGCUCAACUACCUGGGCGAACGCACGCCCAACUCGCACAAGGAUGUCGAGUACCACCUAGGGUUUGCCACGCCCUCGCUCCUACCCAUCACAACCAAGAUUCAGCAAGGCGUGAUCCCCAGACUGCGCAUCCUGAACAUGGAAAGCUACGUGGUGCAGAUGAGCCAGGCGCGUAUCAUGGGCGUCUCCGAGGAAUGGAUCCAGAAGGUCGCGCAGGCAAACCCUUCGCGGCACCAGCUGUUCAUGGUCCGCAAGGUCGACUGUCUGCCCCCUUCGUUCACCUCGGCCGUGGACGGGUUGCAGGAGGCCGACAUUAUCCUGACUCUAGACGGGCAGCUCAUCACGCGCGUCUCGGAGCUGGACGUCAUGUACGACAAGGAGGUUCUGGACGCGCUGAUUGUCCGAAACGGCCAGGAAAUGCACAUCCAGGUGCCCACUGUGCCGACGGAGGACCUCGAGACAGAUCGCGCCGUCGUCUUCUGCGGUGCCGUUCUGCAGAAACCGCACCACGCCGUCAGACAGCAGAUUUCCAAGCUCCAUAGUGAGGUCUACGUGAGCGCAAGGAGCCGCGGUUCUCCCGCAUACCAGUAUGGCCUCUCGCCCACCAACUUCGUCACGGCUGUCAAUGGCGUUGCCACGCCCGACCUCGACGCCUUUGUACGCGAGGUCAGCAAGAUCCCCGACAACACAUAUUUCCGCCUGCGCGCCGUCACCUUUGACAAUGUGCCGUGGGUGGUAACCAUGAAGAAGAACGAUCACUACUUCCCCAUGUCUGAAUAUAUCAAAGAUCCCUCCACCUCCGCCGGGUGGAAGACCGUGUCUCACGACAAGGGCAAAGAUAAGCUGGGUGCCUCGCCCGACGCUGCGAACCUCAACGCCGACGCCAUGGACGAGGCCUACGAGGGGGCCAGCGAGGUCGAGCCCGAGACCAAUGUAUAA